AGUGGAUCCCGUUGUUUCCGGCUGGACUCGGGGAGGCCCGAGCGGCCCAGGCUCCACCCAGGCCAGGUGAAGGGACACGGCCGCCGAGCCAAUCUGCUCCAGAGGCUAGGCCGGGCACCUGUUGGCGAGGAUCUCAGGGCCGCCCCACCCCCAACCCGGUCCCGCCUAAAGGAAGUGCUAUCAACAGCUCACCUGAGACAGGUGAGGCGACGCUCCCCGAAUGGCUGGGCCCGGUCCACCCUGGCCUCCUGCUCUCUAGGCCGGACUCAGCUCUUCAGACGCCAGUGACGGCCGCUGAACCGGGGGAGGGUCCCGGCUCCCCCAGCCAUGCCGGCCGGCCCCCGGCCCUGACGCCCCUGCCCGGCCUAUGCCCGAGCUGGAGGCCUGGCCCCCGGGGGCGGGGGGCACUCCGCCGGACGCUGGGCAGCAGCUGCAGCAGGCGGUGCUGGCGGAGCAGGUGGAGCUGUGGUGGUCCCAGGACCCCCGGCGUGCGACGCUCUGCUUCGGCCUGGCCGUGACAUUGGUACUGGGCUGCGGCGCGGGCGGCGUGGCCCUGCUGUCGUCCACUAGCAGCCGGUCCGGCGAGUGGCGCCUGGCGGCGGGCACGGCCCUGUGCCUGCUGGCCCUGCUGGUGCUGCUGAAGCAGCUGCUCAGCUCGGCCGUGCAGGACAUGAACUGUGUGCGCCAGGCGCGCCACGUGUCCGUGCUCCGCAGCGGGGGUGAGGCCGACAGCCUGGUGGUGAUGGUCAGCGGCCUGGUGCUGCUCCUCUGCGGGGCCGCGCUCACCGGCCUGGCCGCCUCGGCCGACGCCCAGCCCCUCCCGGCCAUGUUCACCAGCGGGGUGGCCCUGUUGACCACCGGCGCCCUGCUGCUGCUGGCCCUGCUGCUGUACCAGCUGGUCACCCGGGUCCACUGCCGUCCGGGCCCCUCCCCGGGCCCCGGCCCGCGCGGGGGCCUCGCCCGCGUCUUCACCAUUUCCGGCCGGCUGUGGCCCGGUCAGCGGCCCACGGCCGCCUCCAGCAUGGCCAACCUCAUCUGACGGACGCCUCCAGCCACCCCCGCCUGCCUCAGGAAGCCGUCCCUCUACCCGUCGCCAAGAACUGCCCCGACUGCCCAACCCCACCUGAUGGAAACUGGGCCCAACCCUAACACCGCUCGGGGCCGGCCAAACUGGCCCUGGCCACGGGCUUGUACGGUCUUCUACAGGUGGGAGGGGCAGUGGGAGCAAGUCCGGUCUGGGUUUGGAGCUGGCUCCCCUUAUUUGCCUGUCUCCCUUGGAUGUCUUUCUUGACCCCCUGAGGAUCACGGCCUGAUCCUCUAUACAUCCCAUCCUCCACCCUGGCUCUGCCACUUUUCCUCUCCCUUCCGGAAGCCCCCCUCUAUCCAGUCCCCUCCAGCCUGUAAAUAAAUGUUCAAACGGUACCCCU